UCUGUAGUGUUGGUUCUGCUGCUAUCUCAGUAUUUAAAUUUAAUUUGAUCGAAUUCAGAAUGUUUAGAAUUUACAAAUUAAAGUUUGUGAGCUUGUUUUCGGGAAAGACAACGGACACGUUUGAAGCAAAGAAAGGCUCUCUGGCUUCGUCACCAGAUGUUGAAGUACGGGCCUCAAUCGCGCCACCCGGAAGGACGCCGUUCCCGAAGUUUCAAAAAUACGAGAGUGACAGUGAAACAGACUCUUGCGGGAGUGAACAACAAGAAGAAUACCUGGAUAAUGAAUUACUUCAUGAAUCAUCAAUCAUCGAAGAUAUCCAAACAUUAUAUUCUGAACGCUUUGAACAUAUUCCCGUAUUAAGAACACCGAAACGUCAUGUCUCGAGAAGAACUGCCCUUGCAAUAACUAGAAGAAGAAUAGAUUUCGAUUCACCAGAGUAUAUUGAACUCGGAGAUCUGCAAAAGAAUAUUUACAAAAACACCACAGAUAAAACCAGCGAAGAGAAGAAUCAAAUUUAAACAUGUACCUACUGGAAAUUAAGAUUUUUCUUUUAUACGUAUGUAUUUAUUUUUUAUAAUUUUUGAAUCAUUUUAAUGUCUAGUUAUCUUAUUUAUUUUAACAUUUAAAUCAAUUUUGACUUUUAAUAUACUAUAAAAUAAAUAUUUAAGUUUUAUCAUGCACUAUAUGAAAGUAAUAUUUUAUGGUCUUAUUUGCUAAUUUGUUUAUAACAUUAAACUUAAAUUUUUAUAUAAAUAGACUUUAAAAUAAAUGUUUCAUAGUUUUAUCACGCUUUAAGUAUAAAAAUAAAGUUUUGUAAAUAAUUAUUUAAGAAAAUAAAGAGUUUAACAUAUUCGA